UCCCAGCCGCCCUGCGCGUCCCCGACGCCGCGAUCCCGCGACCCCUGAGCUCCUGCACGCUCGCUUGCGGGUCCCUUGCCUCUGCUGCUGCCACUGCCGGGCCAUGGCGACUCGCUUUCUGCUGCGGAGUUUCUGCGACACGCGUCUGGCGCUGCCGCCUGCCGGCCGCCGCCUCUGCCCGGCGUCCUCUGGAGCCCAGCGUCGCAGCUACGCCCGGGGCCCCGCUGGCCUCCCCGCCGACCUACUCCGGGGGGACAGCUUCGUGGGAGGCCGCUGGCUCCCGGCCCCCGCCACCUUCCCCGUGCACGACCCGGCCAACGGCACCACGCUGGGCACCGUGGCCGACUGCGGUGUGACCGAGGCCCGCGCCGCCGUGCACACCGCCUACGAUGCCUUCUGCAGCUGGAAAGGGGUCUCGGUCAAGGAGAGGAGUUCAUUACUUCGUAAAUGGUAUGACUUAAUGAUGCAAAAUAAGGACGACCUUGCCAAGAUCAUAACAGCUGAGAGUGGAAAGCCACUGAAAGAGGCCCAGGGAGAAGUUCUGUAUUCAGCCCUUUUCCUAGAAUGGUUCUCAGAGGAAGCUCGUCGUAUUUAUGGAGACGUCAUCUAUACCUCUGCCAAGGAUAAACGGGGGCUGGUCCUCAAGCAGCCCAUUGGUGUGGCCGCAAUCAUCACACCGUGGAAUUUUCCUAGUGCCAUGAUCACCCGCAAAGUGGGGGCCGCCCUGGCAGCCGGCUGCACUGUGGUGGUGAAACCCGCUGAAGACACGCCCUACUCUGCCCUGGCCUUGGCACAGCUUGCAAACCAGGCGGGAAUCCCCGCAGGGGUCUAUAACGUCAUUCCCUGCUCUAGAAGCAAAGCCAAGGAAGUGGGGGAGGCACUAUGUACGCAUCCACUGGUGUCCAAAAUCUCCUUUACUGGCUCAACAGCGACAGGAAAGAUCCUGCUGCACCAUGCAGCAAAUUCUGUGAAGCGUGUCUCCAUGGAGCUGGGCGGCCUCGCCCCAUUCAUUGUCUUUGACAGUGCCAACGUGGACCAGGCUGUUGAAGGAGCAAUGGCAUCUAAGUUUAGGAAUGCUGGGCAGACUUGUGUUUGCGCGAACAGAUUCUUGGUACAACGGGGUAUCUAUGAUUCCUUUGUAAAGAAGUUUGCAGAAGCAAUGCAGAAAAGCCUACGUGUGGGUAAUGGAUUCGAAGAAGGAAUAACUCAGGGCCCAUUAAUUAAUGAGAAAGCGGUAGAAAAGGUGGAGAAGCAUGUGAGCGAUGCAGUUGCCAAAGGGGCCACGGUUGUGACAGGCGGGAAGCGACACCAAAGAGGGGGAAAUUUCUUUGAGCCCACCCUGCUCAGCAAUGCCACCAAGGACAUGCUCUGCAUCACUGAAGAGACCUUUGGGCCCCUGGCGCCAGUUGUCAAGUUUGAUAAAGAAGAAGAGGCCAUUGCCAUUGCAAAUGCAACUGAUGUUGGAUUAGCAGGGUACUUUUACUCUCAAGACCCAGCCCAGAUCUGGAGAGUAGCAGAGCAGCUGGAGGUGGGCAUGGUCGGCGUGAAUGAAGGACUGAUCUCUUCAGUGGAGUGUCCCUUUGGUGGGGUGAAGCAGUCUGGCCUUGGGCGAGAAGGGUCCAAGUAUGGCAUUGACGAGUAUCUGGAGGUCAAAUAUGUGUGUUAUGGAGGCUUGUAGGGUUCUUCAUCUCUUUAAAAAUAAUAAAACUACCUAGAUCUGUAGGGA